AUGAAGGGACCUGGUCGCCGGACACUGAAUCAAGACGUCCCCGUUCUUCUCCUGUGCCGCAGUCGCCUCGAGAGAGCUUCUAAACAGGAAACUGCUUCAAACCAGAGUGCUCCCCCACCGCCGCUCCUGCGAGUGAGGCCCCUCGGUGACAGUUGCGCCGUCUCUGCUCGACGCUGUUGCCAUGACAAGGCGGUGUUGCUCUACGAAUACGUGGGGAAGCGGAUCGUGGACUUGCAGCACACAGAAGUACCGGAUGCCUACCGAGGGAGAGGGAUAGCCAAGCACCUCGCGAAGGCAGCCCUGGAUUUUGUGGUGGAGGAAGACCUGAAAGCUCACCUGACGUGCUGGUACAUUCAGAAAUACGUCAAGGAGAACCCACUGCCGCAGUACCUGGAACACUUGCAGCCUUAA